GAAUCGGUGCUUCUACCCUGAAACUUGCGACUUAGUUAUCUUUUUCGAUAUUCCGCCGGACCGUACUAUCCGGCGAACUUUUAGAGCCAUUGAACCCUUGGUUCACCGUUUCUUCCGUCGAUAUGACAGACCCUAUCGCCUCCUCAUCUGCUAUGGAGCUCGAGCGCAUCCCCGGGGCAUCCAUCAAGCCUGGUGUCGACGAAGUACCGAUACAGACUUCAGUCGUCGAAACCACGACCCCUAUUCAGUGCCGGCCCCGUCGCGCACAUAUCCAGUUCACCGCACUCUGGUGGAACAAGUUUCUAAAGGGAUGGAAUGACGGUAGUUCUGGAGCGUUGAUCCCGAGGAUGCAGACCGUGUAUAGCGUUAACUACGCUGUUGUAUCUCUUAUCUUUAUCAUGGCUUGUGUGGGAUUCGUUAUCGGUGCACUGAUAAAUGUGCCGUUGAUGGACAGGAUCGGGUUUGGGAAAGUCCUCGUCGUUGGUGCGCUCUGUCAAGCGGCUAUGUACGCUCUACAGUCUGCCGCGCUGCCUUUCCCGGUGUUUGUCACGACGUUUGCGAUCAACGGAAUGGGAAUGGCUUUGCAGGACGCACAGGUGACGAGCUAUGUCGCCAGCUUGAGGAAGAACUCCCAACUCAAGAUGAUGAUUCUCCAAGUCGGUUACGGCAGUGGCGCGUUGACUGCCCCGCUCGUCGCGACGCAGUUCGCGCAGAAGGAGCAUUGGUCAUUCUUCUAUUUAUUGUCCCUCGGGAUCGCCAUUUCCAACAUAACGGUCCUGUCCAGUAUAUUCCGGUUCAAUUCAUUAGAUGUCUGUUUCGCAGAGAUCGGCGAGCCUCGACAAGAGAACGCGUGCAGAAAUGAUGACAGUAAAUUCCGCCAGUUGCUCCGUACGCGGACUGUGCAUCUGCUCGGAUUAUUCUCCCUUGUUUAUGUUGGGACAGAGGUUACUAUUGGGGGAUGGAUCGUAACGUUCAUACAACGGGUCCGAGAAGGUGGACCUUCUUCUGGUUACAUCUCGUCCGGAUUUUUCGCAGGUCUCACCAUCGGGCCUCUCGUUCUGCUCUGGGUCACAGAGAAGUUAGGCAACCACCCUGCAUUUUAUCUAUACUCUGUAAUUGCCAUUGGACUAGAACUCGUCAUAUGGUUCGUACCCUCCCUUGUCGCAGACGGCAUAGCCGUCGCGUUCGUCGGACUGGUUCUGGGACCGACAUACCCCCUACUGAUGAGCCACGCCGGGCGGGUUCUCCCACAAUGGCUUCUUUCCGGCGCAGUUGGGUGGAUCGCGGGCUUGGGCCAGGCUGGGAGUGCGUUGUUCCCUUUUAUGACGGGCGCUGUGGCAAAUAAAGCUGGGAUCGAAACUAUGCCGCCUUUGCUUGUGGGAUUUUUGGGUCUGUCGGUUGGGAUGUGGGCUUUGGUACCGAAGGGUCCUAGGAGGGCAGAUUAGAAUAGAGCGUGCAUUAUAGAGCUGCUUACUGUCUCAAGACUUGCCCCCCCCCCCCGCGUCGUGUUUGGGUUUCUGUGUUGUCGAACCAUAUCUUUACUGACUGACUUGCACCUCGAGUCAGUCUAUGGUUGAACAUUUCCUUGGUGCGGGCUCGGCAAUGAAGAACAGUUUUUUGUAAAAAGAAGGGCCAAUUCAUCUAAUUAAUAAAGAUAAUGACGAAAAAAAUUGAAGAC